AUGGCUGUGAUUGGAAUUGGUGCAGAGAAUUCCAAUGAUGAAGUUACCCAAUACCAAAUGGGCCGCUAUGUCAGUAGUAAUGAAGCAGUUUGGCGAAUAUUUUCUUUUCCUAUUCAUGAGAGACACCCUUCUGUUGUUCACUUAGCUGUGCAUUUAGAAAAUGGACAAAGAGUGUAUUUUACAGCACAGAACGCAGUACAAAGAGCUGCUCAGCCACCAUCUACUACAUUAACCAGUUUUUUUGAGACAUGCCAAAACGAUGAUUUCGCACAAACAUUACUAUAUUCUGAAAUGCCAAAAUAUUAUACCUGGAAUCAAUCCUCAAGGAGAUUUAUACGCAGGAAACAAGGAAAACCAGUUCCAGGAUAUACAGAUGUAUAUUCCACCGAUGCGAUUGGCCGGAUUUAUUCAGUACAUCCAAGCAAUGAUGAAUGUUUUUAUUUACGACUGCUAUUAGUCAACGUACGUGGCCCAACAUCAUUCCAACAGUUACGAACUGUUGAUGGUGAAUUGUGUGGAUCCUACAGAGAAUCCUGUCAACGUUUGCAAUUGCUUGAAAAUGACGCUCAUUGGGAUCAAACUCUCAAUGAUGCUGUAAUAUCAUCACACGCUCAUCAAAUACGAACAUUGUUUUCUAUAAUCAUAUCUACAUGCUUCCCAUCAAACCCAAUUGAUUUGUGGAUCAAGUACAAAGAUUAUAUGUGUGAUGAUAUUUUGUAUCAAAUACGGAAUAGAAUGGGAAAUCCAAAUAUACAAAUCAGUGAAGAAAUUUACAAUGAAGCAUUGAUUUCAAUUGAGGACAUGUGCUUGAUAAUGUCAAACAAACUAUUAAUUCAAUUAGGCCUGACCGCGCCCAAUCGUCCAAUGCAUGACGCUUUUAACCAAGAGUUGCAUCGAGAAAAACUGUAUGAUCUCAACGCUUUGAAAGAAUUAAUUCAAACAAAUCUUCCACUGUUAAAUGAACAACAGAAGUAUGUAUUUGAAACUCUUAUGAAAGUAACAAAUGAUGAAACUGGAGGGAUUUACUUCUUAGAUGCACCUGGUGGUACAGGAAAAACUUUUUUGAUUUCAUUAAUAUUAGCAACAAUUCGCACACAAAAUAAAAUUGCACUUGCACUCGCUUCAUCGGGAAUCGCAGCAACUUUGCUUGAAGGUGGUCGAACAGCCCAUUCAGCACUAAAAUUGCCAUUAAAUAUGCAGAGAAAUGAAACUCCAACCUGCAACGUUUCGAAGAACUCUGCAAUGGCAAAGGUUUUGCAGCAAUGUAAAUUGAUUGUUUGGGAUGAAUGCACGAUGGCACAUAAAAAAUCUUUGGAGGCUUUAGACAGAACCUUAAAAGAUCUACGGAGCAAUAAUAACCGAUUUGGUGGUGCAAUGAUUUUAUUAUCAGGAGAUUUUCGUCAAACAUUGCCAGUGAUUCCACGAUCAACGCCAGCUGAUGAACUCAAUGCAUGUCUAAAGUCCUCCAAUUUGUGGAAACAUGUCAAAGUACUUCAUUUAAGCAAGAAUAUGCGUGUCGAGUUGCAAAAUGACCAAUCUGGAAACAUAUUCUCUAAACAACUCAUUGACAUUGGUAAUGGCAAAUUUCCUAUAGACAUGUUGACUGGCUGCAUUAACUUUCCUCAAAGUUUUUGUCAGUUAACUCGAUCAAAAGAUGACCUUAUUCAGAAGGUGUUUCCAGAUGUUUCUCAAAAUUACAGAAACCAUGAUUGGUUGAGCGAACGAGCUAUACUGGCUGCAAAAAACAUAGAUGUAAAUGAAUUAAAUUUCAAAAUUCAAGAAAAAAUAACAGGCGAUUUGAGGAUAUAUAAAUCAGUUGAUUCGACUACUAAUCAAGAUGAUGUAGUCAACUAUCCACCGGAAUUUUUAAACUCGCUGGAUUUGCCAGGAUUGCCACCUCACAAUCUUCAAUUAAAGGUUGGAUCGGUGGUUAUAAUGUUGCGAAAUAUCAACCAACCGCGUCUUUGCAACGGUACACGGUUAGCGAUAAAAGAAUUACUAAACAAUGUGAUAGAAGCAACUAUACUCAAAGGAAAGUAUAAAGGAGAAGAUGUUCUCAUACCGCGCAUACCAAUGAUUCCGACUGAUGUACCAUUUGAGUUUAAACGACUACAGUUUCCAGUGCGGCUUGCUUUUGCUAUGACUAUGAACAAGUCCCAGGGGCAAUCAUUAAGUGUUUGUGGUAUUAAUCUAGAAAACCCAUGUUUCUCACAUGGUCAAUUGUAUGUUGCCUGUUCACGUGUUGGAAAAUCAUCAGAUUUAUUUAUCUAUGCGCCAGGUAAUCAAACAAAAAACAUCGUAUACCACAAAGCACUACAAUGA